GCGACUACCGGAAUGUUUAAACAUUAAAAGUUAAUAUUUGUUUGUUUCGAUUUUUCGAACUCAGCUAUUUUUAUGAGCUAAAAUGGAACCAACACGAACGAUAUCUCCAGGGAUUGUUGUUGAGCAGCAAAAAUUGGAACUUAAGCGUUCUAUUUCGCUUUUUCACUGUGUGUCAUUAAUGUGCUCAGUAACCGGACAUGUCUCUGUUUUCGUCGCACCAACUGCUAUCCUAAAAUAUACUGGCUCUAUCGGACUAUCUUUGAUACUAUGGGUAUUUGGUGGCAUAAUGAACUUGUUCCUUGCUCUUUGCUUCACUGAACUGGGGAUAAUGUUCCCCAAAAGCGGGGGUGCAUACGCAUACAUUCUAAACGUUUUUGGACCUUUGCCAGGAUUUCUUAUUGGAUGGGGCUAUAUGUCCUUAAUAAGUGGGCCGUACUGGGCAUUUUGUGCAUAUAGUGCCUCUAUUUAUGUGUUGAAGCCAUUCUAUAUGGACUGUGAACCCAAUGAUUCAGCUGUUCGUCUAUUUGCCAUAUGGAUCCUUGUAACAUUUGUUGCAGUCAACUGUGUGUAUGUCAAGUUUGUCACUAAAGUCCAAAGUGUCUUAACAUUUACAAAGUUGCUGGCUCUGCUGUUGAUCAUAAUAUGCGGAGCAAUAAGCCUUUUACAAGAUGGCAGUGCCAACUUAUCUGAGCCCUGGGAAGGAACAGAAACAAAACCAUUUACUGUUGCAAUGUCCUUGUUCUUCUCAGUCUUCACAUAUGGUGGAUGGCAGAUUGUUACCAACCUUUUGGAAGAGGUCAAAGACCCCGGCAGAGAUUUGCCACGAGCUGUAUACUGGAGUCUCUCGAUUAUUAUUGCCGAAUUCACGCUGGCAAAUCUGGCUUAUUAUGUUGUCCUCAGUAAAUCAGAAAUCAUGCAGUCUACCACUGUCGCUUUGGUAUUUUUCGAGAGGUUCUAUCCCCCAUUAAAGCCUGUGAUCUCCAUUCUAGUUGCUCUGACAGCGAUUGGGGUACUCAACUGUUCAAUAUUGGGGCAUUCAAGAAUUCCGUUUGCUGCAUCACGGAACGGGCAGGCUCCAUUGCUGUUUUCAAUGAUUAGCACUAAGUUUAUGACUCCAUGGCCUGCUAUAUUUCUGCUUACAGUGUGGUCAAUUGUGAUGCUGUUGUCAGGUGCCUUGUUUACCAUGAUCGAACUCGUGAGCCUGUUCUCCAUUCUUUUGAGCUUGUCUGUUGUCGUUACUCUACUGUAUUUACGCUGGAAAGCACCAGAUAUUCCCCGCCCAUAUAAGACCAUGCUGUUUAUACCGAUUUCACAAUUAUUGUUGAUCAUCGUGGUGCUUUUCCUCAGCAUUUAUCAAGAACCAUACAAACUGGGAAGAGGUCUUGCCAUUUUGGGUGCUGGCUUGCCAAUAUAUGUGGUUGGUAUAAUGUGGAAAGAUAAACCCAGGGUUUACCAUACCUUCGUUGAAAAGUACACCACCAAUUUUCAGAAACUAUUCCUGGUGCGAAAGACUGCUUGAUACCAUCCGGACUGUACAAAAAUGCGCAAACCUUGACAGAUUCAUAAUUUCUGUAUGAGAAACAAAACCACAAUGCACUUAAAGAAAAGUACAAAACAAUAUUUGUUACCAAGAAACGUCAUCCUUCUACUAGCAUUAAAGGGACCGGUCAGUUUUACGGUAUUUUGUAAUAUGGCUCAACGUGGCAGGCAUCACACACCGCACUAGCUCGUAGCCAUUGUAACUACCGUGCGUGCACACUUCUUCUGUGCGAUCUUAACCGACAUGUUACUUUAUCGUGUAUACAUCACGCCGUGUCCCUUAGUAAUCAAGCUCACGCUAACAGUUGAAUGUUGGCGUAGUACAACGUGUCUGAAAAUAAGCUCUAUAAUGCUAAUGCAAAUUCAAAAAUUGUCUGUCAAACAUGAUAAUCGUGUGAAGACGUCGUUAAAAGUGGCUUACGGCAGACAUGUGACGCUAGCUAGACAGUCGAUGUCACUAGAAUGUACUGGACAUAAUGCAUCUGUCUAUUUCGUGGAUGCAUCCAUGUCUGGUCAACAUGUAUUGUUGUUUGACAUCACUUUUAAACACAGCUUUGUCUUAAUUAUAUACUACAAAUGGACGUAUAUUAUCAAUUAAUACAAAAAAAGCAUUGUUGCUUAAUAAAUAUGAAUUAUAACAUUGAACGCAGGUACACAUGUAAUUAUCCACAGCGAAACAUGCAAACGUAUUCGUAACGUUAAAUUGUUUGCAUGUUUCUACAUUGAAAUACGUGUUAUUAUCUUACUUUUAUGCGGUGGACAUUUUAAACAAUUAUUUUGUUUUAAACCAUAUGAUGAUAUUGUUAUUUUUUAAUGUCGACAAAAAAUUGAUUUCUUUUAUGUUGAUUUUCGAAAUGCUAUGUAUUAUUAGUUGAAUUUAGAACAUUCAUGAAAAUAACCGAUUUUAACGAAACUGCAGAUUAGUAAUUCGCGGGUUAACCUCUAUUUAAAGUGUUUUUUUUAGCUGACCUGAUUGCUCAGGUGAGCUUUUGUGACCAGACUUUGUCCGUCGUCUGUCCGUCCGUCCGUCCACAUUUGUUCGUAAACACUCUAGAGGCCACAUUUAUUGUCCGAUAUUCAUGAAACUUGGUCAGAAGCUUUGUCCCAAUGAAAUCUCGGUCGAGUUUGAAACUGGGUCGUGCCGGGUCAAAAACUAGGUCACUAGGUCAAAAAAAAGAAAAACUUGUAAACACUGUAGAAGUCACAUUUCAUACCCAAUCUUCAUGUAACAUUGUCAAAAUGUUUGUCUAAAUGAUAUGUUGGUUGAGUUCAAAAGUGGUUCCGGUCCGUUGAAAAACAUGGCCGCCAGUGGGCGGGGCAGUUUUCCUUAUUUGGCUAAAGAGAAAUCUUGUAAACACUCUAGAAGUCACAAUUUUUGCCCAAUCAUCAUGGAGGUUGGUCAAAACAUUGGUUUUAUUGAUAUCUCGGACGAGUUGGAAAAUAGUCCAGAUCGGUGAAAAAGCAUGGCCGCCAGUGGACGGGGCAUUUUUCUCUAUUUGUAUAUAGUGAAAACAUGUGAACACUCUAGAAGUCACAUUGUUGGCCCAAUGUUCAUGAAAUUUGGUUGGAACAUUUGUGUCCUUGAAAUGAGAGUUGAGUUCGAAUAUGGUUCCGGUCAGUUGAAUAACAUGGCUUCCAGGGGGGGGGAGCAGUUUUUCUUAUUUGGCUAUAGAGAAACCUUGUAAACACUCUAGAAGUCACAAUUUUUGCCCAAUCAUCAUGAAAGUUGGUCAAAACAUUGGUUUUAAGGAUAUAUGGGACGAGUUCGAAAAUGGUCCAGAUCGGUGAAAAAACAUGGACGCCAGUGGGCGGGGCAUUUUUCUCUAUAUGUAUAUAGUGUAAAACAUGUGAACACUAGAAGUCACAUUUUUGGCCCAAUGUUCAUGAAAUUUGGUCAGAACAUUUGUUUCCUUGAUAUGAGAGUUUGGUUCGAAAAUGGUUCCGGUCAGUUGAAUAACAUGGCUGCCAGGGGGGGGGAAGUUUUCCUUAUUUGGCUAUAGAGAAACCUUGUAAACACUCUAGAAGUCACAUUUUUUUGUUGCCCAAUCAUCAUGAAAGUUGGUCAAAACAUUGGUUUUAUUCAUAUCUCAGACGAGUUCGAAAAUGAUCCAGAUUGGUGAAAACACAUGGCCAAUUUUCAUGAAAUUUGGUCAGAAUAUUUUUUCCUUGAUAUGGGAGUUGAGUUCGAAAAUGGUUCCGGUCAGUUGAAUAACAUGGCUGCCAGGGGGGGGGGGCAGUUUUCUUAUAUUUAUAUAGUAUAAAAAGCUUGUGAACAUUCUAAGAGUCACAUUUUUUGUCCAAUCAUCAUGAAACUUGGUGAAAAGAUUGGUUUUAUAUAUAUCACAUAAUUAAUGCCAUAAUUAUUGCUCUUAGAUUGUCCAAAUUUUCAUCAUAUUAUACAAAAUCCUUGUUAACACUCUAGAGGUCACAAUUUUGUUUCAGAUUUUAUGAAUUUUGGUCAUAAUAUUUAUUUUUGUAAGCAAGGUUUGAUGUUUGGUAAGGGAGGUCAACUCAAGGUCACCAGGUCAAAUCUUACCAAAACAAAAACACUCUAUAUACCAGAGUUUUGGUUCAAUAAUGAUGAAACUUGACCAGGAUGUUUGUCUAGACAAUAUCUAGGUCAAGUUUGACGUUUGGUAAUGAUUGAAUGAAGCGACUCCGCUCAGGUGAGCGAACUAGGGCCAUAUUGGCCCUCUUGUUUCAAAUUGUUUCGUUCCAUUUAAUAUGUACGUAACCUUGUAUAAAAUUCGAUUAAAAUGAAAACUUAAAAAAUCUCUUAAACAACAGGGUUCGUGGCUUUAUAAUUUUAAAAUAUAUCAUCGUCUUGCGGUCUUCUACUAAACUCGUUCAAGUCUUGCCCCUGAGGGGUGUCAGUUUUUACCGCGGCCCAUGAGUCACGUAAUGUUUUAAUAUUAAUAUAGCAAAAUUAUUUAAUUUUAUUCUCUAAAACGUCAAAACCAAGAUGUGUAACAUAUGGAAUAUAUCAGCUAAUGGUAUUCUACUAAACCGUUUGUUCAAAUUAUGCCUCUUUAAAUCAUGCCCCUUAUGUAAAAAUUCGUCCCGUCGUGUAGUUCGUUGGUUACGGAACGUUCGCAAAUAUCUGUUCGUAGCCCUAUUGAAAAAUUGAGAUCAAAUAAAAAUCGAUUAUGAUUAAUACAUCGCGCAUUAUUUUGCAAUAUUUCAUGCGCAAAGUGAAGUGGUUUUCGAUAACAACAAGGUUGAACAAUGUUGUAGCAGUUAAAAAGUACAUACAUCAUUGAAUAACCGUAAUUUCAUUCUUUAACAAUAUAACCGUAACUACCUCAUUUGUACAUCAUGUGUUUAUUAUGUAAUCAAUGUAUUCCUAGUUUGAUUGUUAUGCCCCGGAUCGAAUGAUCGGGGUUAUAUUGUUUUUGGCCUGUCUGUCUGUCAUUCUGUCACUUUGUCAUUCUGUCCCAAAACUAAAGUUUUGCGAUAACAUUUGCAAUAUUUAAGAUAGAAACUAGAUAUUUGGCAUGCAUGUGUAUCUCAUGGAGCUGCACAUUUUGAAUAGUGAAAGGUCAAGGUCAUCCUUCAAGGUCAAUGGUCAAAUAUAUGGCUUUAAAGCGACGCAAUCGGGGGCAUUGUCUUUCUGACAAACACACCUCUUGUUCAGUCUGUUACAUUUACGCCUAUACUUAAUAAUUUAAUGCAUAUUUAUAUGAAAUUCAAUUGUGUUUCAAUUGCAUAAGUUAUUGUAGUUCUUUUGCCUCAAUUAAUUAUACCCCCAAAAACGAAGUUUAUGGGCGUAUAUUGGAGUGAGCUUGUCGGUCGGUCUGUCGGUCCGUAUUAAGUGCCCGCUCUCUAAUUCAAGUUGUUUCAUCCGAUCUUCACCAAACUUGGUCAGAUGUUGUAUCUUGAUGAUGUCUAGGUCAAGUUCGAAUAUGGGUCGUGCCGGGUAAAAAUACUAGGCCACGGGGUCACUUAGUGCGUUUUAAACAUUGAGCAUGGUAUCCGCUCUCUAAUUCAAGUAGUUUUCAUCCGAGCUUCACCAAACUUGGUCAAAAGUUGUAUCUAGAUGAUCUUAAGGCCAAGUUCGAACACGGGCCAUGCCAGAUCAAAAACUAGGUCACGGAGUCUUUUAGUACGUUUUACACAUCCAUCAUGGUGUCCGCUCUCUAAUUCAAGUAGUUUUCAUCCGAUCUUCACACUGGGUCAGAAGUCGUAUCUAGAUGAUGUGUAGGUCAAGUUUGAACAUGGGCCAUGCUGGGUCAAAAACAAGGUCACGGGGUAAUUUACUGUUUUUUAAAAUUGAGCAUGCUAUGCUUUUUUUGUUAAGACAACGUGCACAAUAUUCGGUGUCAAUGCGGCAUGUCGGGGUAUUCGUCACGUCUGUGACAAAGCUCUAGUUUCUAUUGCUUUGUCUCAACUGUGUGCCAUUUCAUUCUUGUGUUAAUAUUGAUUGUAGUCCUAUGAUUUAAUAUCGAAAGCCUAUACUUUUUAAACACUAACGAAACCAUACAACUAUAUAUAUAUAUACGUUUAUAUUAAAAAA